CUGCGACGAUGUUUACGGUUGGAGCUCAUUUCGGGAAGUGUUAACCGGGUUCCUGUGAGCUUACGGAGAGGCGUUUGGAGGAUUCUGAUGAAUUUGUUGUGGAGCUCAAGAACGAACUGAAAAAUCGAGAAGUUCAUCGUUGAGGGGCUAUGAAGAUGGGAUUUUUCGAGGUCCUGACACAUGUGUCUACAGUGAGGAUCAGUGAUGGGAACCUGACCUUACUGUGUCUGAAUGGGUCGCAGUGGGUGUUACGUGUUCUUGGGGAAUGUACUCAGGAUGCCCGGGACAUGGCCAGCAUCGUCCUGGGCCUCUUGUCCAUUGUGUGCUUCAUAGCCUCCCUUGGGCCGCAGUGGUACAAGUCAUACCGUAGCGGGAACAUGGAUAGUGCCCUGUCUGUCUGGUUCCUGUUGCUGUGGCUGGCAGGAGACAGCUGCAAUCUAGUUGGCUCUUUUCUGGCCGACCAGCUGCCCCUGCAGUGCUACACAGCAGUGUACUACGUCCUCGCCGAUCUGGUGACACUGUCAAUGUACUGUUAUUACAAAGUCAAGAACAGGGGACUGAAUAACAGGAUACUGCUCAAUGCUGUUGGAGUGCUUUGGCUCACUGGAGUUCCUAUGUUCCUUACCUGCGCGGGAGCUGGUCCUCAGGUGGACUUUGUACAGUCAGGGUUCAAAGGUCGUGCUCUUCUGGCUGCUUUUGAAGACUACAGUGCUACAAUAAAGCCCUUCGACACCAAGGAAAUUAUAGGCUUCGUAAUUGGCUCAAUGUCCUCCUUGCUCUACCUCUGCUCCAGAUUUCCACAGAUAUACAAUAAUUUUUGCCGGAAAUCAACGGAAGGGGUGUCCUACUUUCUUUUUGCCCUCGUUAUUCUGGGAAACACCACAUAUGGGUUGAGUGUACUGCUGAAGAACCCUGGUGCUGGAGACUGGGAAGGCAACUACAUCAUCCACCACCUGCCCUGGAUCAUUGGCAGCCUGGGCACCCUGUCCCUUGACCUUGUGAUUUCUCUGCAGUUCCUGAUGUAUUCUAGCUACUCCCAAGAGCAGGGCAAAGCAGAAGAGACUGCAGCUUUGCUGUAUAACUCAUGAGCCUCUGCACAACCCUGUACUGAACAGUAUGAAACACACACACGCCAAAGAGGCACACUCCUACCUCUUGACGUAACGUGAAUUAGUGUAGCACUUUUGUACGAGUUUGUUUUUGUUUUAUGUUUUGAUGUUCUUUGUCAGUAAUUUGGUUUUAAAUACUGUAUAAGGUAUAUGGUAUAUAACAUGAAACACAAAUGAAACCAUGAAAGGAAAAAAUAGUGUUUUUAAAUUAAUCUAGUAGCAGCAGCAUGGAUAGAUUUGUUAGGAUAUUUCAAAUUUGAUUAUUUACCAGAGGAUGAUGCAUUGAAGGCAUAAAUCUGUUGCUAUGGGGACUAAGUGGCGAUGAUAUGAUUUCAGCUAAAUUUGUAUGGGGCAUAUUUUGAAAAGUUUGUUUUUGUAAAUGUAAUAUAUAAGUUCUUUAUGACAGUAGAUCAUGAGCAACUUUGAUUUUGUAGUUUUGUGAAUGCUGAAUGACUGGUACAUACAGUAUAUCGUGUAUACACAAUAAUACAGCACACUUUGCGAGGGACAUACACAUAACCAUUAAAUGUUUAAAGGGGUUUUCAGACUUUAAUUCAGUGUAUAUUGUUAGUUGCUAAGCAGCUGCACAACUGACACUGUUGAGGGAUUUCUUUCCAACCACUGGGUGUCCAACCGGUGCUACUUAUUCUUACGUUUUUGUGUUGUACUAACAUUUUGAAUUCCACAGCAAUUAAAAAAGGGUGCCUGACAUAAUUUUGUGAUUCUGCUAUGUAGAGUACUGUGCAUAUUUUAAAAAAAAAUUUACAUCUUGAACUUGAAAUUUCAAGAUUUUCUUGUUCUACAUGUAUCUUUUAAAAGUAGUUUCAAUGUACAUUGAAAUAUUUCAUUCUGAACUGUGCCAUUUUUUUACCUUCAGGGGCUCUGUUGGUCAGUUAUGAUACCAUUGUCAUUUGGUCAUUAAAGGUGCUUUUUGAUGUUCUGA